AAUAUGAAAUGUCAUAAUGACAAACACAGGUCGAAACAUAUUUAAUAAUUUGACCAUUCUAAUUCUAUAAGUGAAACGAAACAAUGUUUAAUCAUGUUUGUUAAUUAAUCAUGUAUCGUAACUCGUAAUUAUGGAAAAUUAAAAAGGGAUGGUUAUCAAAAAGAGUCAGAGGGAUUUCGACAAAAUAGCCCGACUAUCAACACUUGAAAUGGUAAACACAACAUUGACCAUUCAGGAUAUUCUGCCAUACGGUUCCACUAAAUCGAACCAUAAAAAAGUGGAUAUGGAUGCUGUUUUACCCUUUAUUAUAUUGCCACUUCUGUUGGUAUUAUCAACAACAUCAAAACUCGUAACCAUUAUAGUUAUGAUUUUUAUUGGUAUGGGCGCUCUGUACGUACAAUCUCGUCCUCGCCAAAAAAAUAGGUCUCCAUUCUUCUACUCUUGGACAUUGUCAUCAGGAAUUUAUAUGUUUCUAAUAUUCGAACUUGGAAUACUAAGAUUACUUGAAAUCACACAACUAGAAAAUUUUGUAUUCUUACUGCUUUUAGCAAGUACAUGUUACUUUUUUUACAAAAUGAAAGCUGUAGCCGACUUUGAACUUGCUACUGGAACUUCGAAAGGAAAAGAAUACAGCCCAGUACUAACAUCAGAUUCAUAUUAUUGUCAAAUAUGUCAGAUAGAAGUUAAUGAAAGGUUUUUCCAUUCAAUAUGGUGGGACUGUUGUGUCCUUAGGCCAAAUUAUAUUUACUUUGUAGCGGGUCAAGUGUUUGCAUUUGCAACUCUUCUAUAUGGAACUAAUCUGGGACUUACAACAGUAUGCCAACCAUUUAUACUUUAUGGUACAAUACUAAUGCCAGAAAAUUGUUAUGAUGUAUAUUAUGAAUUUGACCUCGCCUUGUGUUUUGUAUCCUGCAUCUACGGAUUGGGCUAUCUUUUAAUUACUGCCCUAGUAUUAUUAAGACAAGUAUUAAUUUACAUUCCAAAAUAUAGUGAACCACAGUGGAGGAAAAUCAUAAAUGUGCUAACAGUGUAAUAAUUGAAUAUUACCAAGAUUUACACACAUUUACAUAGCAAAGCUAGGUCGAUAUUAAUAUUUAUUCUUAGUUAAGUUUUAAAAUCAAAAUAUUAUUUAUAAUGCACCAAGAGUACGAUAUUUAACAUAACACAAAUCUGAACACUAUCAUUCAGUGCGUAUAUAUCUAAAGCACUUUUUAUUAUAAAAAUUGUAGCUCAGGUUUUUUUAUGGGAUCGAUGUAAUGUAUAAUUUAUGAUCUCAAGAAUAAAACAAUAGUGCAUAAAUCCUACAGUUUUUGCAAUUUCUUUAGUGAAAAUUAUUAUAACUUUUAAACCUUUAAAUAAAAAAAUGAAGUAUGGUGGUAAUCUACAAUAACUAUUAACAACUUAAACAUAUUAUUUUAUCUAUUAUAAUCUCUAAGUGAUAAGCAAUAAUUAUGUUAAGUUAUAGUUUAAUACUUUUGUUUCCAAUCAAG